CAGUGGGGCCUCAAGUUAUGACAGUAUUUGAGGAAGUUAUCUUGAACCAAACUCUCUCCCUCAUUUUAUAAGCCACCCAGAUCAAUCAUCAUCGUCUUCACUUAACUCGACCUUUAGCUAUCCACGUCUUUAAUGUAUGCAGUAGCAGUAGUAAAGAGAGGGAUUCCUGUGAAUGGGUUUGAGCUGCUAUUAUUUCCUUGUUCCCGUUGCAUCAGCACCGACGACGUUAUCAACAACUCCGGCGAUGCUUUCCUGUCAACUCUCUAUUAACGACUUUUGAGCUAGCUAAAUGCUUGCUCAUCCACUUAACCUCGAUCUGAUUAUCAAAUUUAACCAGUCCUCAGUUUAUGCAGGAUGAUAUUUAAGAGUGGAUUUCGGAUAGCUGUGAGAAUCGGAUGCAAACUUUGUUUCGUUUAGACCGCACGAUUUUAUAAAAGUAAAACAAAAAUUGCCAAAAAUGCAGACCAUAACCACCAGACCUCCAGCAUCCCUAUCUCCUUCCUCGUCCAUAACGACCACCACCACUGCCGUCACUGCUUUCCAAGACCCUGACCAUUUCCUUAUUAAAUCCAUAAACCGUCGCCACCUCCUCAUUGCAAUCUCCAUCUCUCCUCUAUUUGUACCGGUGGUCGCUAAUGCUCGUGGUCUCUUUCAAAUGCCGCCUUUCCGCCUCAGCAACCGGUACUACUUAGUGAGAGCUGGGGAAUCAGAAUUCGAGAGCCUAGGAAUUAUCAACACAAACCCAGUUGCAAAAACAUCAGUUGAUAGUGGUUUGUCUGAGAAAGGGAAGAAGCAGACAGCGAAGGCCGCUUUAGAAUUGAAGAGAAUGAGAGCUUGUGACAAUGGUUGUUGGAUUUGGCCUUCUAUUACCCAGAGAGCUUAUCAGGCUGCAGAGAUUAUUGCUGCAGUUAACGGAAUCAGUAGAAGUUAUAUCGUUCCAGAGUACAGCUUCCUGGAUGCUCGUGGAUUAGGAGCUUAUGAAGGCAAGAAAUUGGAAGCUCUUUCAGAAGUAUAUGAAUCGGAUAUAAUUUCUCCAAGAAACAAGCCUCCUCCCAUAGACGAUGGCACCCCCAAUGAAAGUGUUUCAGAUGUAUUUGUUCGUGUGACACAACUUAUGUCAAUUCUUGAAACCCAGUACUCUGCAGAAACAAUCGUUAUUGUCUCUCCAGAUUCUGACAAUCUAACAGUCUUACAGGCUGGUUUAGUUGGACUUGACCUGAGAAGACAUAGAGAUCUUUCCUUUGGCCCCGGGGAAGUCAGAUUUGUUGAUACCAGUAGUAUACCUACUUAUAAGCAACCUGCAUCUGCUUUAUAUAAAUGUAUAAAUCCACCAAUCUGUAAUUGAAACGAUUUAUUGAUUUGCUCGUCUAAAGAAAUGACAACUCGUCCACGUGGAGAUUGGUACUAAA